UACCAGAGCGUGUAUUUGGUCCCGCAGUGUUGCUUUCUCCCCCAAGACAAAGAAAUAGCCAUGUGGACACUGAAUCACGAAUGAAUUUGCUUCAGGAAAAUGCCACAUCUUGCAAGAUAUUUCUUGAGUCCAGCAGUGUCCACCCUUCAGAAAUUCACAAGCAAGCUUCAAUGUCCCAAGGCAUACAGCAAAGUGAAAAAGGUUCCACGGACACCUUGAGUGCACGAGUGUUGCUACAAGACAAUCCGGAUGUUGCACACUCUUGGAAUUUUGCUGAAGGACAUAAUCACCCAAGUAUCACUUCACCUGAUACUCAUUUGCCUGAAGCACAUCCAGAACAAAAAAUAGAAAUUAGAGAGUCAAUGAGCCUUGGUGAUGCUGAGACAUGCAUUCUAGAUAAAAAGAGCAAGGUAGAAAUAGAAGAAACGCAAGAUUUUUCUUUUGAUGAGAGACUUAAGCAUGAAGCAAUGUUGACGCACAUUGCAGAGUUAACAUUGCAGAAUUCUACUCUGAAAGCCCACCUUAGUCAGUUCAAAACAACUAAAUUGCCUAGUCCUACAGCACAAAUUGAAAAGAGCAUUCCUAAUGCUUCAUCUCAAAGUCUUCAACAGCGGAUAAGUGAGCUGAACCGACAAAGUGUGGAAGCACGCAACAAACUUUUGCUUCUCAUUGAACAACAGAGACAGAUUACAGCUGCGUCUGCCUCUCCACCCAUAUCUCCUAUUCCAGCUGAGGGAAAAUGGACUGGAACUGGCACCCGGAUAUUGGAAGUAUGUAUCCCUCUGCCUGAUGGGAUGGAAUCUUGCACAGAGACCACAUCUUCUGCAGAAAGCAGGGCAAAUGGAAACGGGUCUACAGCUAAUAGAACAAAUUCCUCAACACAUUUGGAAAAGGGUGAUGAGAAUUGGACACCUAUUACUCGAAAGAUACAGCCAGAAAAACUUAAAGAAGAAGGCUGGUUUGCACUGUCUGCACAUAUAUAAUCUUAUCAAAUGGUAGAAUUAUAAUUAUGUAUGACUUCUAAAACCAAUGUAUUCAUCAUACUUCUGUAUUUCUAUCUUCUGUACAGUUGAACCCUUUAAUCUUGCUUUGUUACAUUUGCAUACCAAAAUGAGUUUCAAAGGAAAUGCAUUAGUGCAUGAAGAGAUUUGGGUACUAAAUAAUAAAUACAGUUUGUUCUGAAGACUGACACAAUGUACUACAAUGAGGUGCUUUUACCUUUUAUGAUUCAAAUUGAAUCCACAUAGAUGGGAUCCAAGUUUCUUUCCUCUUUCUGUCGACAAUAAAAUGAGUUUAGAAAAUUGCAGUUUGUGCAGCAGCAUACAAUGUCUAUUUCAAUAUGAACUGGCUCAGUCAGAAGUUCUAAAUGUAAUAGUGUGGGAGCUGGAGAAAAAUCAUACUGGUUGAAUUAGGGGAUACUCUUCUGAAGAGGUUGGAAUAAUGCUUUAAUAAUAAUCCUUGCACAUGGAAUAACACCUUUCACGUUGGCAGAAUUUAUUUUACAUCUAGUUUUGUGCUGUGUCUGAACCUUGUUGCAAAUGUAUUAAUAUUUGAUAUCAGGCUGCACAUAUAAGGUGCUCUUUCAGCCUGCCUGUGGGACACUAAGCCUUUCAUUUGCCUAACUCAGCCUUAUUUGAGCGACUUCUGGAAUUUGUGACUAGUUUGCUUUUUAAUGGAGCCAACAUGUGGUGUUAAUUUUAAAAUUGAACAUCACACUGACUCAUGGGAACUCUGAUUAAUGCCAUCUAUCUUCAAUGUAGAGUUCUCGCAAGUUGGAUUGGCAUGUCUGGUUAACAAAAGUGGUCCUUACUUGCUGUCAGUAUUUAAGGAAUCCUAGUAGAAACCACCUCACAUUAGACACUUAACCAUCUUGUAUUCCUUCUUGAAAGUUGAAUAGAUUUUUGCCUAGAAUUCAUGCUCUGGCUCAGAUUUGAGAUUUGCAUUGAAUGCCAGAUUCUUUGCUGGAACAAAUUUUCCUCUGUCUUCUACAUUCCACAUUAUGUCCUCAUGGAAUGUGUUGUACAUCUUGUUAAAGAGAAGUAGAAAUAUUUUCCCACUGAUCUUUUAGCAAAUAAUGUAUUCUUGUGGAACAACCUGAAAUAAAUCAAAUUGAUGUAAUCUCUGCUGUUCCUAUAUGUACGUAUAAUUAUCCCCUUCUGCAUGGUGUAGAAAGAGAUAUUUUAUUGAUCAGUGAGAAGGAAGAGGAAUUUUAUUGUCAACCAUUUGUCACUGUAAACAUUAAAUGCAUCUUAACUUUGGAUUUCAUAUUUUUACUUCAUGCACAUUGAGUUACUAUGGAUCUUAUUCUGCAUUCUAACUGCUUUUGUACAAAUACAGAUUUAUAGUACACUUCUAACUUGUGUAGAAAUCUUGGAUUACCAUUUUGGAUAAUUUGUAUAAUGUCAAUACUCCUUUUACCAUUUAAAUUUUAAGUUUUUUUACAAGGAGAGAAGCUGUUGUUCCAACAUCCAAUGUGAAUUUUACUAAUAAACUAUGACCAAAAA